GGAAGAAAGAACUGCUAAGUUGAGAACUGUCAUCAGAGAUUAAAACAAACUGUUCAUUGCCUGUUUGCAGACCUGAAGGCGCAAGUCAAAAUUUGCAUUUGAGUUUCAGCCAAAACAAGCCAAAGGAAGUACAAUGUUCGCUCUAAAGCUUUAUGUGGUUGUGGCUGCUUGUCUUUUGAUCAUUACUGCUGAUGCUUUACCUACUGACGCCCUCUCUCGUCAAGAAAGAGGAUUUCGUAAUGCUGCUCUAUCAACUGCAAGAGGAUUUGGCAAACGGACAUUUCAAGAUUUCAAGGAUAAUGGCUUUGAUGGGUCUAUUCCUCUGGAUUGGUUUGCUGAUCAAUUGAACAGAAACCCCACCCUUGCUAAACUUGUGGCUGAAAAGAUUGUGAAUUUAAACGGUGACGGGUUUAUUUCCCAGGAUGAGCUGUACCAAGUCCUUUGAUGACGUCACGCUAAAGUUUUGUGUUCCGUUACAACAUUAGGUCCAGCUUUCCACUUGACUCUUGUGUUUGAACCAAGAUAAUGUGAUUUCCCUCAAUUAUCUGCUAAUUUUAUCGAUGUACAUACAUGUCAGGAAUGCCUAAGUAUGCCAUUACAGAGAUAACUUUUCGUUGCUAAGUUAUAUUUUGUUCGUAAUAAAGUCAACAGUAGUUAAGGAAUUGAAA